AAAUGUUAUGGGCUGCUCAUCGUUUCAUGUGAAAAUUACUUACCAUGAUGCGAUGGGAAAGAUACGGCUGUUUGUUUAUAUCAGAUGUUCCUGUUCACAUUGGGAAUGUGCCGAAUAGACAGGGCUAAACAAGGUCAGUGACUUAAAAAGUGCCUUUGUCAAGUCACUUUUAUGAGCGAGGACUGCUACGCCCGUGUUCUCAAAAUCCUGUCUUUGCCAGCCAGACAUUGCCUUCACCUUACACCUGGCGGAAGAUACCUCAGCUGUCUCCAUUUGCCAAUUAGUUGAUGGGAAGCUGAAAGAAGAAAAAGAGAAAGAAGAAUUAUCAUUAUUCCUGGGACAUGAACAAAUGACUGCAUUGCUUUUCUUGUGUAAUCAAUACCAGCAAGCAACCGUCAGAGAACUACUAUUCUAUCAAGGAGUGCCAUUGCAUUGAAGGACCUUGGCUUAAAACUGGUGCAUCCGUGAUACAAUCAACAAGCCCACGUGUUUUACAGACAGAAAUGCAACUGAGCAUGGUUUUUCCCAGCCAAAAGUCUACAAGUGGGACUUAAUGAUUGAUGAGUGACUGCUCACUUAUAAACUUUCUCUGUUUAUUCUGCUUUGUGUGUGUUGGACAUCAUUAAUGGUCCCCCACUUUUUUAAACUUUCUUUUCAAUUGGAAUUGAAGUUAUCUUUUUUGGUUGGUUUUUUUGUUGUGGUUUUUUUUUUUUUCUUUUUCUCUCCCUUCCCUUUGUCAUUAGUUUUGGAAACUUUUUCAGCAUAAGUCACUUGACAGCAAUUUACAAAUUCAAAAUCAGCUUUUCAUCAUGGCUUUGAAUGUUGCUCCCGUAAGAGAUACAAAAUGGCUAACAUUAGAAGUGUGCAGGCAAUUUCAGAGGGGAACUUGUUCACGCUCUGAUGAAGAAUGCAAAUUUGCACACCCCCCUAAAAGUUGCCAGGUUGAAAAUGGAAGAGUUAUUGCCUGCUUUGAUUCCUUAAAGGGUCGUUGUACAAGGGAGAACUGCAAGUACCUUCAUCCACCAACACAUUUAAAAACUCAACUGGAAAUCAAUGGCAGGAACAACUUAAUCCAACAAAAAACUGCAGCAGCAAUGCUUGCCCAGCAAAUGCAGUUCAUGUUUCCAGGGACACCGCUACAGCCAGUGCCCACAUUUCCAGUGGGUCCCACAAUAGGAACGAACACGGCUAUUAGCUUUGCUCCUUACCUAACGCCAGUAACACCAGGAGUUGGCUUAGUCCCGACUGAGAUCCUACCCACGCCGCCUGUCAUUGUUCCUGGAAGUCCACCGGUUUCAGUCCCCGGUUCAACUGCUACCCAGAAACUCCUCAGGACUGAUAAACUGGAGGUGUGCAGGGAGUUCCAGCGGGGAAACUGUGCGCGUGGAGAGACUGAUUGCCGCUUUGCGCAUCCGGCAGACAGCACAAUGAUAGACACAAACGACAACACCGUAACCGUGUGUAUGGAUUACAUAAAAGGUCGUUGCAUGAGGGAGAAAUGCAAGUAUUUUCACCCUCCUGCACAUUUGCAGGCCAAAAUCAAAGCGGCGCAACACCAAGCCAACCAGGCUGCGGUGGCAGCCCAGGCAGCUGCGGCAGCUGCGACUGUGAUGACUCAGUCGACUGCCAAAGCAAUGAAGCGACCUCUCGAAGCAACUGUAGACCUGGCCUUUCCUCCUGGUGUUCUUCACCCUUUACCAAAGAGACAAGCACUUGAAAAAAGCAAUGGUGCCAGUGCCGUUUUCAAUCCCAGUGUCUUGCACUAUCAACAGGCUCUUGCCAAUGCUCAGUUGCAGCAACAUGCAGCGUUUAUCCCAACAGAUAAUCCUGAAAUAGCCGGCAGGAGCGGAACGGAGUGUCACGAAGCCUCCCUGCGGACGGCCAAGCACGGCUACUGUACAUACUACCCCGUCUCCUCCUCUCUAGAGUUGCCACAAACUGCAUGCUAAGUCAAGAAUUUGUUCUUACGGACAAAUCACAAACUCGAAAAAGCUAGUGCUGCUAUGUCAUAUAUGAAUAUUAAAUAUGGUAUGCUUACUAUACUCCAACCUAAAAUAGUUAACUACCUGAUACCAGCUGUGAUGUUUCAAGACAUAAAGGGUAACAUUUAGUUUUAAAGAUUUUCUAAGCAUAGUUUAAUUCUUGCAAAUAUUGUCUUUUCUCCAUAACUAUACCUAACAGAAAUGGUCCAGUUAAGUUAGUCUCGUGAGAUUCAGUGUUUAUGAAUCUUUCGAGCUCAGCAAUAAUUAAGUUGUAUUGGCUAAAAACUUAUCCCAGUUGCAGGUUCAAUUUUCACCCGAACUAUGAUUGGGGUUUUUCUUCUUGGUUAAAAAAAAUCUUGGUUUUGCUCCCCUAGUGAGUUGAUUCCAAGACAGAGGAAGUGAAACGCAGCCCAGUGUCCUGCACAUCACCCUGCCAAUCUGAAUAUUUUUAGCCAGGAGUCCAAAGUAAAGCACAAAUUCUUUAGAUGCACAUGGUUGGUGUUUGACUUGUAUGGAGAAGUUGCAUUUGAAUCAUAGCAGAAUAGCAGAAGAAAACUAAAAAAUUUUGCACAGUAUGAACUUCAUACCCCUUUCAAUCCCCAAAAGAACAAAGUCUUGAGAAUAUUAUUUUACGAGUAUAUUUAUAAUGUUUUUAAAAGAGACUCUGCAGAAGUGCCUAAAUUUUGUCACAUCAGACUUGAUGAAAGUGAGCCUGAUGCCAACAGUCAAAUCUCACCGGAAGCAAAUAAUCUUUCAAACUCAUAGUCAGGUUACCAAAAAAAUCCAAGCUGUUAAGAAGUAACUUCUAGAAGUGUAAAAUCAAACAAACAAACAAACAAAAGACCAAACUAACAAAAGAAAAGGCAAAAAAGAAGGCUGUAGAUGAAGAGAUUUGUAUGAUACUCUAAUUUAAUUAAAAUUCAGUUGAGUCACUGAAACCUCAUAGGUGACUUUAAUCUAGACUAUUAACUGAACACUAAGAAUGUAGAAUGAGAUUCAGUUUAAUAAAUCAUUACUGUAUUUGCAUUUUUUUAAUUGGAUUACAAGAUUGUAACCAGAUUAGAGUGGAGAAAAAAAAUAGUUCUUUUAAUUGUUUUUCUUUAAAAACAUAUUUUAUGUCACAAAAGUAUGAAGAUAUCUUUAAUACAAUUAUAUACAUGUUAUAUAUACAUACAUACAUAUAUAUGGA